AUGUACCGGCGCAGCUACGUCUUCCAGACCCGCCAGGAGCAGUAUGAGCGCGCCGACGAGGCGCCCGAGCGGCCGGCCGACGAGGGCCGGGGCGCGCCGCCCAGCCUGGCGGCGCUGCAGGGCCUCGGCGAGCGCGUGGCCGCCCACAUCCAGCGGGCCCGGGCGCUCGAGCAGCGGCACGUCGGGCUGCGGCGGCAGCUGGACGCCUUCCAGCGCCUGGGCCAGCUGGCGGGCCCCGAGGACGCCCUGGCUCGCUACGUGGAGGGCAACCGCCAGCGCGCCCGGGACCUGGCUGCCGAGCGCGGCCGGCUGGAGCGCCAGGGCGCAGAGGCGCAGCGCGCGCUCGACGAGUUCCGCAGCAAGUAUGAAAAUGAGUGUGAGUGCCAACUGCUGCUGAAAGAAAUGCUCGAACGGCUGAACAAGGAAGCCGACGAGGCCCUGUUGCAUAACCUGCGCCUUCAGAUCGAAGCCCAGUUCCUGCAGGAUGACAUCAGUGCAGCCAAGGACAGGUACAAAAAGAAUCUUCUGGAAAUCCAGGCCUACAUCAGCAUCCUGCAGCAGAUCACCCAUACUGCUUCGCAGGUGGCCACCAGCGCAGGUGGGAUGAGGGAGGAGAAGCUCCUGACCGAGCGGGAAGUGUCGUCUCUGCAGGAUCAGCUGGAGGGGGCCCAGGAGUCAUUGUCCCACCUACAGGCGCAGAGAACAGAGCUGCAGGCCCAGACGUCGACCCUGGAACAAGCUAUCAAAAACGCCCACGAGUGUUACGACGACGAGAUCCAGCUGUACAAUGAGCAGAUUGAAACCCUGCGCAAGGAGAUCGAGGAGACGGAGCGGACCCUGGAGAAGUCGACCUAUGACUGCCGGCAGCUGGCGGUCGCACAGCAGACCCUGAAGAAUGAGCUGGACCGGUACCAUCGGAUCAUCGAGAUGGAAGGCAACAGGCUGAGCUCCGCCUUCAUUGAAACUCCUAUCACCCAGUUCACAGCGAGCCAGGGACCCUCUCUCAGCCUGGGAUCCAGCGGGAAAGCGCUCACCAGGGCGGUGCAGGAUAUAACAGCAGCGAAGCCAAGACAGAAAGGGCUCCCCAAGAGUGUGCCGAAGAGGAAGGAGCUCCUGGCUCAAGACAAAGGCGGCAGAACCCUGGAGGACGCGCCGCCGAAGGGCCCGGAAGGCACCAAGUCUGUGCAAGUGACGGCACUGCAAGAGGAGGACGAAGCUGGGCCGGAGCCAGGGGCCGGAGCAGUGAGUCAGCCUAGGCCUGACGCGGCGCGGGAGGACGUGCCGGACGGCGGGCAGAUCAGCAAAGCCUUCGGGAAACUCUGCAAGCUGUUCAAGGAGCCGGCGAAAAGUCCCCAGGAGCCCGAGGCGGAGGCGCCCGCUGACCUCUACACCAAAGGGCGGCACGUGCUGGUCACGGGGGACGCCAGCCACGUGGACCCCGGCUUCUGCGCCUCCUCCAUCCCAGCCAAGGGCGGAGUGGUGAUUUCCAUCGAGGACGGCGCCAAGCCUCGGGACGACCAUGAAGAGCCCUCGCCCGAGCCGCCCAAGCCCCCUCUGGAGAAUGGACAGGGGGAUCCCCAGGAGAAAGAGGGUGGCCCGUCCAGCAACCAGAAGAGCCCAGACAAGGAGAAGGAGAUAAGCACCCAAGACCCGCAAGGCCCUGGGGAGAAGGAUGAGGGCAAGGAGGAGGAAGACAAGGGGCCCGGGAGACCCUCUCCGGUGGCCGCCCCUGAGCCAGAGGGGCCGGCCACACCCCAGGCCGAGAAGGCUGGGGCCGAGCAGGAUCCCUCCGAAGGGCCCGGGCCCAAGGGUAAGGGCAGCAGCCUGCCGGACAAAGGCGCCCCCAGGGCUCUGGCGUACAAGAAGGUGGAAGUGGUGGAAUCCAUUGAGAAGAUUUCAACAGAGAGCAUCGAGACCUACGAGGAGACGGCGGUGAUCGUGGAAACCGUGGUGGGAAAGGCCAAGGCCAACAAGAAGCAGCCGGGGGAGAAGGGGUCUUAACCCCGCCCCCUGGGCUCCAGGGGGAACACAGCUUCCCCGGCCCCGCUGGAGGGGACGUGCUUUGCUAUUGUAGGACAGCUGAUGCGAGAGUGAGGGUUCCUGCUUGCCUUAGAUCAUAGUCCACCCCUCUGGCCUUGCCG